AUGUUUCUGAAAAUUAGACAGUUCCAGGAUGCUUACGAUCGAAUUUUGAGGUUCUCAUCUUCACAUUCAGCUUGUCAACUGGUAAUUUUUGUUUCGUGUUUGAAUAUCGAUGCUCUGUGUGCUAGCAAGAUACUUGCGAAGCUGUUCAAGAAGGAGCUGGUGCAGUUGCAAUUGGUCCCAGUAUUCGGUUACGCGGAGCUCAAAAAGUUCUACGGAAAGCUGGACGAAAACGUUAACAGUGUCAUCUUUAUAGGAUGCGGUGGAAUGAUAGACGUGGAAGAGUUUCUAGAUAUCGAGGAACAGGAUGAAGAAGAUAUUGAAGAUUUGACAAAGCGCAAGAUCUACGUGCUGGAUACACACAGACCUUGGAAUCUGUUCAAUUUGUUCAGUUCGCGUAUGGUGACCUGUUUCGAUGACGGAACAGUUGAAGAAACGCUGAAAUCACAACAGGAGGCUUAUCUCAAGCUCAUAGAGCUCGAAAACCAGGAAGAUGUGGCUUCUGAAGACGAUGUAGAUGGAGAUGGAGAGGACAGCGAUCAGCAAGAUACUGACGACGACAGCGAAAAUCCUACAAUGGACGAUGACGAUGGUGAGAAUGACAAUAGUACUAAUAACAAGAAUAAUAAUAAUAAUAAUCAUAAUGAAGACGACAACGACGAUGAUGACGAUAAUAGCAAGGGCUCCGGUACCGCCAAGCGUCAAAUUUCUAGCGGACGAGAUUCCAGAAAGGAAAAGAAAGCGCGGAAAAAGCUUAUGAACCAAUAUGAGGAUAUCAUCGAAGACUACUAUGCCCAAGGGACCUCUGUGUCCAACUCGCUAUCCGCCCAGGUUUACUCGCUAUUGUCUACACUCGGAGAAACAAGCAUAUCAUACCUGUGGCUAACAAUUUUGGGAGUUUCUUCGCUGGAUGCCGCCUACCCACGGAUUUAUAACCAAAUUUUGCCGCUUUUGCAGGACGAGGUUCGGCGUCUUUCGCCGCAUGAGACACAAAAGACUCCCGACACACUCUCGUUAGAAAUCCAACCGGAUUACUAUCUUUUCAUGUUACGGCACUCAUCGUUGUACGACAGUUUUCUCUACUCUAACUACGUUAACGCCAGACUUUCGCUAUGGAAUGAAAACGGUAAGAAAAAACUGCACAAAAUAUUUGCACGUAUGGGCAUUUCCCUAUCUACGGCUCAAGAAAACUGGCUGUAUAUGGAUAACAGCGUCAAGAGAGAAUUGGGAACUAUUUUUGAUAAAAGCCUUGAGAGAUACGGUCUUCAAGAGAUUGUGCGCGACGGAUUCGUGCGUACGUUUGGAUAUCGUGGUGCAAUUAGUGCGAGCGAAUUUGUGGAGGCAAUAACCGCACUUUUAGAAGUCGGACAAGCACUUGAUUCCAAAGAUAUCACCAAAAGUGAUGGUCCCGCUGCGGCAGAACGGUCAAAUACAGAUUUGGAAGAUGUCAUUACACGUAGAGAGCGGAAAUGGGUCAGUAACUUCUGGUUGAGCUGGGAUGCGUUGGACGACAAUAUAGAAUUGAUGCGGCGUGGUGUUAAACAUGCACAGUACUUGCAACGUGCAGUUUUCAACACAGGCGUGGUCGUUUUGGAGAAAAGACUCAUCAAAAACCUGCGAUUGUAUCGAUUGUGUGUCUUGCAAGAUGGACCCGAUUUGGUUCUGUACAGGAAUCCACUAACGUUGAUGCGGCUGGGGAACUGGAUUCUCGAGUGUUGCGCUGAGAAAGAUGACCGUCAACUAUUACCCUUGGUACUCGGCAGCUUCGAUUCAUCAGCAGACAAAUAUUUGGUAGCGGGGUUGGCACCCAGGUAUCCAAGGGGUAUUGAUAAUCUGGAGAGUCGCAAACCGCUCUUGAACAAUUUUAGCAUUGCGUUUCAACGGAUAGCUGCAGAGACCGGAGCCAAAGUGAGGAUAGACAAUUUCGAGAGUUCCAUUAUAGAGGUGCGGCGAGACGAUUUGUCGUCUUUCCUCGAGAGGUUGACUCUCAGUGGGCUUCUAUGA